AUGGCCCAUGCGACAGAAGUUGUCUUCUUGCCCCUCAAAGAAGGGAGCGAUCCGCAGAAGUUGAAGGCCACGAUUGAAACCAUCCAGAAGCAUGGUCAACCAUUGCGCAUCUAUUCAGGCGCCCAGGUCGAACACCCUAAUGUUCACAACUUGUUCAUCGACUGGACCAGUAUUGGCCAUCAUGAAAAGUUUAUCCAGUGGGACGGAUAUAAAGCCUUCCUAGACGACGCUGUGACCCAGUGUGCCGAACCCCCCAAUCUUUAUCAUGUCCAUUUCGAGCCAUUCCCGCCCACUCCGGCCUUCUCAGAGGUCACCGAGUUCAUCAUGAUUUACUUUCCUGCCGACUACUCGGCUGAGGACCAGAAGACUUUUCACGAAGGCAUGAAGAAGUUCGGCAGUAACGUCAAUCGCGAUUGGGAAGGAUGCCGAGGAACAGCCGGCGGUUGGGUCGCAGAAGAGCUCGAAGACCCCAAGACCUCAGAGAAGGCCAAGGUUUAUGUUGAACUCAUUGGGUGGGAGAGCGUCGAUUCGCACAUGAAGUACAGGGAGACCCAGUCCUUUAAGGAGAAUGUUCCUCUCCUCAGGGGGGCAAAGGAUCUGAAGAAUUUGGCCAUGGUUCACGUUGCAGCCAAAGAAUUCAAGGCGUGA